CUCCGGGGCAAACAAGUCGGUCAGCUGAUCCGGCUGACUGCGCCGUCAUCCCGGGUAUAAGCGCGCGACCUCUGGCACUCAGCUCUGACCCGUCGUCGCCGCCAUGAAGACCCCCGUCCUCCUGCUGUUCGCCCUCGGGCUGCUGAUUGCGCCCGCCGCUGCGCUGAUCAGAAUCCCACUGCACAAGUUCCCGUCCAUCCGCCGGACCUUGACCGAGAUGGGGGGCCCUGUGGAAAACCUGAUUGCCCACGAGCCAAUCUCCAAGUACAGCCAGGAGGCACCCACACCUGCUGCAACCAAGGGGCCUGUUCCGGAAAUACUCAAGAACUACAUGGAUGCCCAGUACUAUGGAGAGAUCGGCAUCGGAACCCCCCCACAGUGCUUCACUGUCAUCUUUGACACUGGCUCCGCCAACCUGUGGGUUCCCUCGAUCCACUGUGGGAUGUUGGACUUCGCCUGCUGGUUCCACCACAAGUACAACAGCAAGAAAUCCAGCACCUACGCAAAGAAUGGCAGCUCCUUCGACAUCCACUAUCGCUCAGGCAGCCAGGGCUCAGGCAGCCUCUCCGGGUACCUGAGCCAGGACACCGUGUCGGUGCCCUGCCAUACCGUGAGUGUCAGAGUGGAUAAGCAGACCUUUGGAGAGGCCACCAAGCAGCCAGGUAUCACCUUCCUCGCAGCCAAGUUCGAUGGCAUCCUGGGCAUGGCCUACCCGCGCAUCUCUGUCGACAACGUGGUGCCCGUCUUUGACAACUUGAUGAAACAGAAGCUGGUGGAAAAGAACAUUUUCGCCUUCUACCUGAACAGAGAUCCCAGCGGACAACCCGGCGGUGAACUGAUGCUGGGUGGCGUUGACACCAAGUACUACACAGGCUCCCUGGACUACUAUAACGUCACCCGCAAGGCCUACUGGCAGAUCCACAUGGAUAAGCUAGAGGUGGGCGAUGGGCUGACUCUGUGCCAGGAGGGCUGUGAGGUCAUCGUGGACACCGGCACCUCCCUCAUUGUGGGCCCCGUGGAUGAGGUGCGCGAGCUGCAUAAGGCCAUGGGGGCCGUGCCGCUGAUCCAGGGCGAGUAUAUGAUCCCCUGUGAGAAGGUGGCCAGCUUGCCCCAAAUCACAAUAAGGCUGGGGAACAAAGACUACCACCUGAAAGGAGAGGAAUACACGAUUAAGGUGUCGCAGGGUGGGAAGCCCCUCGGCUUGAGUGGCUUCAUGGGCAUGCACAUCCCCCCGCCUGCCGGGCCGCUCUGGAUCCUGGGUGACGUCUUCAUCGGCUGCUACUAUGCGGUGUUUGACCGUGACAACAACAGGGUGGGUCUUGCCAAGGCCGCCAAGCUCUAACUUGCUCCCCUGCCCGCCAGCAGAGAGAUGGAGCAGAGUCCAGCAGGAGGCGGCGGCCAGGCCCCUGCCCCUGGCCCCCUCCCCCACUCACACACACUCACGCACUUGUCCGCCCACUGCCCCGCUCCCUGGAGGCCCAAGGCCUGCACUGGGCUCCAGGCCUUGCUGUUUUGUUCUGCGGUUUUUCCCUCCCUGGGUUCGGAAAUGCCGCCCGUCAGUCAGCCUGAGGAGGGGGUGGAGGCCGAUCCGGGCAGGAUCUGUUUCACUCACUUGGAAGACCCAGCACGGGCUUGGCAGCUGAGGAGUUUGUGCAUCCCAAGAGCUCUCUCCUGCCCCCCAGGGAACCCUCCUCCCCCUUACCCCAACCCCGGGGCCCUUGGCAGCCAAGCUGCCCAAGCUGCUGCUGGGCCGGGCCCCGGCCUGUGCCAGGCCGUCCUCAAGGACCCUUCUCUGGAAACCUGCCCUGACCAAGAGCUCCUCUGCCCAGCUUGGGGCCUGGAGCUGGGCCUUGCUGCCCCCACCCUCCAUUUGUCCCAGGCAUAUUGAGGACGGGGCUGCAGGAGGCCUGAAGAUGAGCUGGCAGGAAGGAGCAGGAGACAGACCCAGCCUGUGGGGUCAUCCUGGGGUUUGGCUCCACCCCAGUGGGCAUUCUUUGGUCUGGGAUAGGGGGGUGGGGCACCUGGGAAGCCGGCACCAACCUUGCCUUGAGGCAGACCCCUGCCGCCCUCCUCCUGGGCCUCUAUGAGCCAAAGUUGACAUGAAAAUACAGUUGUUUGGGCCUCUUC